AUGCGCCUCCACACGUUCCCUUGGGUGCUACUCGGCCUCGCCGCAUCACCACCGCCAGUCCGCGCGCACAUGUCCCUGCGCCAACCCGUCCCCUACGACGCCGAGACGCUCCGCGGCGACCGCAGCCCCCUCUCCAACAACUACCCCUGCCACACGAGCAACUUCGCCUGGACGGGCUCCGUGCCGGAGAUGGCCGUGGGCGAGAGCCAGCCGCUCGUCUUCUACCCGCAGGCGGGCGAGGACGGCAUCGCGCAGCCGGCCGUGCACGACGGCGGCACCUGCCAGCUCAGCGUCUCGCUCGACGUGCCGCCGACGGCCGAGUCGGUCUUCAAGGUCAUCAAGACCAUCGAGGGCGGCUGCCCGGGCGUCGACUUCACGCCCCACAACUUCACCUACGAGAUCCCGCCAGCCGUCCCCUCCGGCAAGGCCGUCUUCGCCUGGACCUGGUUCCCCGUGUCGAGCGGCGCGGCCGAGAUGUACAUGAACUGCGCGCCCAUCGCCGUGUCGGGCGGCGCGCAGGCGGGCGACACGGCCGCGUUCGACGCCCUGCCCGACAUGCUCGUCGCCAACUACAGCCCCGUCGACUGCGCGCGCGACGCCGCCGCGCCCCAGGCCGUCAUGAAGGCCGUCAACCCCGGCGCCGUGCUCGAGCACGGCCCCAAGCCCGCGGCGUCCGUCUUCCCCACCGCCACGCCCGUGGGGAACCAGUGUCCGACGGCCGCGGAUUCCGCUGCCGCGUCGCAGACGCUCGCUGCCUCUGCUGAUGCCGGCGGCGGCGCGUUCGUCGAGGCCUCUGCGUCCGCGUCCACAUCCGCGGCGGCGACUACCCUCCUCACGUCCACUGCCUCGGCCGCCGCCGUGCAGACGGGCGAGCCAUCCUCCGCACCCCAAGGCUCCGUGGACACGCCGGUCGCGGCGACGGCGGCGGCGGAUCCGGCUGCGGCGACUCCAGCGACUCCAGCAACGGCGGCGACGGCGGCGACGGCGUCGGCAGCGUCCGACAAGGCGUGCGACUCGGUCGAGGACGGCCAGCUCGUCUGCAACGGGACGGACCGGUUCGGCAUCUGCAACUGGGGCGCGGUGGCGGUGUGGCAGUCGGUGGCGGCCGGGACCGUGUGCGAGAACGGGACGGUCAAGGCGGUGGAUAAGAAGAAGAAGAUGGCGGUGCGAGGAGCGGAGGAGGCGAAGGCGAAGCGUCAUUUGCAUUUUCAUGGGAGGUAUUCGGCUGGGAGGCGGCAUGUCCAUGGUUGA